AUGGGUCCACGAAAAGGUCAACAAGUAGCUAAACAAGAACAAGUUAGUUUAGGUCCACAAAUUGCUGAAGGUGAACUUAACUUUGGUGUUGCUCACAUCUACGCCAGUUUUAAUGACACUUUCGUCCACGUUACUGAUCUCUCCGGAAAAGAAACAAUUGCUCGUGUCACAGGUGGAAUGAAAGUCAAAGCUGAUCGUGAUGAAGCUUCGCCAUACGCUGCUAUGUUAGCUGCACAAGAUGUAGCUGAACGUUGCCGAGGAUUAGGUAUCACCGCUUUACAUGUUCGCCUUCGCGCAACUGGUGGAAACAAAACCAAAUCACCCGGACCUGGUGCUCAAUCAGCACUCCGUGCUCUUGCCCGUUCAGGUCUCAAGAUCGGACGAAUUGAGGAUGUUACACCAGUUCCUUCUGACAGUACGCGCCGCAAGGGUGGUCGUCGUGGUCGUCGUCUAUAA